AUGUCGCUAACUUCAAUAGCGUUCUACGGUCUUGGUCUCAACAACUCCAUCAUCCUGAGUGCUAUCGGGUGGAGCGGCGGCAAGAAUGUCUACGAGGUCUUCUACAAGAACGCCGUCGGUAACCUGAUCCUGAUCUGUGCGGGUGCCAUCCCCGGCUACUGGAUGACCGUGGCCACCGUCGACACCAUCGGCCGCAAGCCCAUCCAGCUGGGCGGCUUCAUCAUCCUGACCAUUGUCUUCAUCGUGAUCGGGUUCGCCUACGAGCCCCUGAAGAAAUCCAACAACGGUCUGCUGGGUCUGUACGUCAUCGCGCAGUUCUUCUUCAACUUCGGCCCCAACGCGACCACCUUCAUGGUGCCCGGCGAGUGCUUCCCCACCCGCUACCGGUCCACCUCGCACGGUCUCUCCGCCGCGUCCGGCAAGGUGGGCGCCAUCAUCGCGCAGUGUGUGUUCGGACCGCUGGUGCACAAGGGCUCCAAGGACUCGUCGCAGUCGCCCUGGCUCAACCACGUCAUGCAGAUCUUUGCUCUGUUCAUGCUGUGCGGGUGCUUCACCACUCUGCUCAUUCCCGAGACCAAGCGCAAGACCCUGGAGGAGCUGUCGGGGGAGGACUUUGACAGUGAUACCCUGGUGCAUCCCUCUCCGAUGAUCCAGGCGGAGAAGAAGAUGGACCAAUCGACCGUUGCGGCUGUUUGA